AUGACUACUAGUGAUAAUGGAAAUUCAAUGCCCUCAGAGGUUAUCGAAAAGUUAUUUGACUUUGAACCACAGGAGGAAAAUACUUUAAGAAUUUGGUUAUUUGUACCGAAUAAUGAAUGGGAAAAAGCUAUUCGUAUUUACAAGAAUGAUACUUAUCUAGGAGAAGUAAGGUGUGGUGAUGCUAGUGGAAAUAAGCAUUCAUGUGAUGGAAAUACAAAGUGGUCAGUUUUUACAGUUUCGGACUACUCUAAAGAUGACAAUUUCCAAUUUGGAUUUUGGUCUGGUGGACCUUGGGUAGGAAAAGGAGACAGAUACAUUUACUCAGGAGAUGAAUGGUUCGAAACUUUUAGUGGUCAAUCCGCUUGUUACUAUUGGAGUACCAAGGGAUACUAUAGUGAAAAUUUCUUGCCACCCCCAAUGUAUGACUUACGUGAGAAAAACAAGACAACUUUGUUGAGUGAAAUGAGGGAACCAAAUAGAGAGUUUACUAAGGAUCUGUCACUUCAUAAAGAGCUUAAUUUCUUUAUUUCAAAGGAUGUGGUUAUUGAUGUUUCGUUGGUUAAUAAUAAUAUCAUAACAAAAAAAUAUCCUUUAAAUCGAUCAUUUAGUAGUAACGAUACUAUAGAAGUGCAAGACCCAAUGUCUCAAGCAGAAGUGGAUGCACUCUAUGCAAUUCUAUUGAUUGCAGAUGUCACAUCGAUUAUAGGAGCUUUUAUUGUACUUAUAGGUUUUUGGCGACUGAAACUACUGAGAAAUCAUGUAACCAGAGUAAUUUCAUGUUUUUGUAUAACAUCAUUUUGUAAAGAUCUCACAGCAAUGACUUUGACCAUAACAAACUCUGCACAAUACGGAGGUUUUCCAUGCUAUCUAUAUUCCAUUGUCAUUACCUAUGGAAGUUUAAGUUGUUGGCUAUGGACACUUUGUUUAGGUAACUUUUCAAAAUACUAA